UUAUUUAGCUGUUCUUGCAUGUAGCUCCCAAGCUUUCCACUGCUCGAGUUAGUGAAGCAUUUAUUUUUGAGUCAGCUGCAUUUCUUAAGACUGUAACAACGAAAGGCAUUUCCUGAGAAACAGCAAGGAUGAGCAGCAAGAAAGAACAACAGCUAAGGAAAUAUGGGACCCUUGUAGUGUUUUUUAUCUUGCAAGUUCAGAUUUUUGGUAUUGAUGUUGACAAUCGACCUACAACAGAUGUCUGCUCAACACACACAAUUUUACCUGGACCAAAAGGGGAUGAAGGUGAAAAGGGAGACAGAGGAGAAGUAGGCAAACAAGGAAAAGUUGGACCAAAAGGACCAAAAGGAAACAAAGGACCAGUGGGCGAUGUUGGUGACCAGGGAAUGCUUGGUAAAAUUGGUCCAAUUGGAGGAAAGGGCGACAAAGGAGCCAAAGGCUUACCGGGGGUUUCAGGAAAAAAAGGAAAAGCAGGCACGGUCUGUGACUGUGGAAGAUACCGCAGGUUUGUUGGACAACUGAAUAUAAAUGUUGCUCGUCUUAACACAUCCAUCAAGUUUGUGAAGAAUGUUAUAGCAGGUAUCAGGGAGACAGAUGAGAAAUUCUAUUACAUUGUGAAAGAAGAGAAGAAUUACAGAGAAGCCUUGAUCCACUGCAGGGACAGAGGAGGAUCACUGGCCAUGCCUAAAGAUGAGGAAACCAAUGCCCUGAUUGCUGACUACAUCUCCAGCAGUGGCCUGUUCACAGCCUUCAUUGGGCUGAAUGCCAUGGAAAGAGAAGGACAGUUUGUGUACGCAGACAACAGCCCACUGCAGAACUACAGUAACUGGAAGCAAGGGGAGCCUCAUGACCCAGAUGGUCACAAGGACUGCGUGGAAAUGCUCAGCACAGGAGAGUGGAACGACUCUGAGUGCCAAGUCACCAUCUACUUCGUCUGUGAAUUCCCCAAGAGGAGGAAAUGAAAGUGCCAGAGAAUGUGCCUGGCACCUGCUGUAUAUACAAUAACCUAUCCUCAUUCAUUUAUGGUAGGGAAAGCAAAUCAGGGAUAAGAAACUGGGAACAGGGCUCCAGCCUUCACAUCACUGGGCUAAGCAAGUGUAACUACUGUUUAGUCACCAGUGACUGUAAAGUCAGCACAGGUCUGCAGGGAGCAUCCAGGCUGUUGCAAAAGUGUAUUUCAUUUCUACAUGCUUUUAGGAUUGGCAUUUCUAUGUGUAAUUUAGGGGUAAAUUUAGAGCAUGCAGAAGUGAAUAUAAUUUCACCAGUUCCAGAAAUAGUAAGAUCAUUGGUAUAUGAAGUACUGAUGUGAUUUGCAAUGUCCCCCGAUAGAAAGAGCAUGACCUUCAUUAAUCUCUGACUUGCACAGGGAUUUCCUUCCUAGUAAUUUCCCUAAUGCUUUCAGAGGUCAGAGAAAAGAUUUUAAGUAUCUCUUGAAAAAAUCCUUCUUUUGUUAGAAUCAUAAUUUGAGGUGGAAGGUAUCUCUGGAGGUCAUUUGGUUAAAUCUUGCAUGCAAAGUAAGAAGACCAAGUUCAAACUUAGAAGUUGUUAUAAUCUCCUUAAUUUGCCUGUGCAAUUAUAUUGCCUGAUAGGCAUUUAUCUGGUCUUCUGCAAAGCCUUUGACACGAUCGCCUACAAUAACAUUCUCUUUAAACUGGAGAGAUGGAUUCAAUGGGUGGACUGUUGGGUGAAUAAAGAAUUGGUUAGAUGGUUGCAUCCAGAAGGUGUUAGUCAAUGGCUCCAAGUCCCAAUGGACAUCAAUGACAAGGGAUGCCGUGACAGGGAUCUGUAAUGGGACCAGUGCUAUUUAAUAUCUUUAUUAAUGGCAUAGGCAAAGGCAGGAAGUGCACCCUCAUAUUUGCAGAUGGCACCAAGCCGAAUGGUACAGUUGACACACUUGAAGGAUGGGAUGCCAUCCAGAGGGAUCUGGAUGCCAUCCAGAUGGACCAGGCUUAAGAAGUGGCCCAUGGGAACCUUAUAAGGUCUUACAAGACCAAGUGAAAGGUGCUGCACUUGAGUUGGGGCAACCCCUGAUAUCUGUCCAGGUGUGGAAUGAGCAGAUGGAGAGCAGCCCUGCCCAGAAGGACCUGGGGUUGCUGGUGGAUGGGAGGCUGACAUGAGCUGGCAAUGUGCACUCAUAGGCCAGAAAGACAGACAUGUCCUUUGAUUCUGCCCCUCUGCUUUGCUCUGGUGAGGCCCCACCUGCAACGCUGUGUCAGCUCUGGGGUCCCCAGUACAGAAAGGCCAUGGACCUGUUAGAGUAAGUUGAGAGGAGGCCACUAAGAUGAUUAGCAGGAUGGAGCACCUCUCCUGUGAUGAAAGGCUGAGAGAUUUGGUUUUGUUCAGCCUGGGAAAAAAAAGGCUUUGGCGUGACCUAAUUGCAGCCUUUCAGUACCUGAGGGGAGCCUACAAGGAAAAUGGAGAGAGAAUUUUACAAGGACAUGUAGUGACAGGACAAGGGGGGAUGAAUUUAACUGAAGGAGAAUAGAUUUAGAUUAGAUAUGAGAAAGAAAUUCCGAACUGUGGGGGUGGUGAGAAGUUGUGGAUGACCCAUCCCUGGAAGUGUUCAAGGCCAGGUUGGAUGGAGCAUUGAGCCACCUGGUCUAGUGGAAAGAGGCCCUGCUCACAGUGUGGGGGUUUGAGCUAGAUGAUCUUUAAGGUUCCUUCCAACCCAAACCAUUCUAUGAUUCUAUGCAGAAUAGAUCUUGCUUAUCUCUGUUUUCAACUCUAUCAUCCCUCAGAAAUAAUAGUACAUAAGCAUGCAAGCCUGCACAGCUUGUAGGCAACCUAAAAACAGAUGGAACAGUUCUAGUGUCUGAAGUCUCCAGAAUCUGUGGUAAACAUACAGAAGUGUAGCACAAAGAGAACAGUGUAAAGGAAACAACACUGUUCCUGUAGGCUGUAAAGGCAUUAGAAGCACGUGUAAUAUAAGCUAUACCAUGUGCAUUGCUGGUUUAACAACUGGUGAUUCUAGGAACAUAUUAAUUCCCUAACUCAGAAGCCUGUGACAUUUGAUGUCUAAUGCUAAAAUCACCCAUGCCUUUGUAAGACAGGAAGAAGCUAUAGAACAGGUUUUAUCCCUCAAGAACCCAAAUUCAGGUGUGGUUGAACAACUUAGUCAUGCAGUUCAGAGGGACUCACUAGAAAUGAUGACCAUUGAACACAAAGGCUCUGCUGUCACUGCCUGGCUACUUAGAUCUCCACAUCAGAAUGGCCACAAAGAAUCACAUUUUCACAUCUUUGAGAAUACUGACAGAGCCUUUUCCUUAAGACACAACGUGUGCUUAGUCAUUGUUUGCCUUUCCUCACAGCAGGAGAUGCCAAGAGAAACCUCAGGGCCAUUGCAAUGCAAGUCUGAAGGUUUUCUUUCCCACUUAACACUAAAAAUGAAGGAAGGGUAUCUGGUAGCCAAGGAGAAUGCUAGAUGCUUGGCACCACACAGCCACAUUCCCUGAAGGUCACUGAGCACCAGGUGCAUGUAGUCCUCCUCUGGGUAUACAGAGAGCUGGACAUGCCAUCAGCUAGUAAUGCAGAGGGACAGCUCUGAAUCUCUGUUCUACUGCUGAGUACAGCACUGCAAAGGCAACCAAACAACCAUACAUCCUCAACCUCCUCCUAAACAGGAAAAUUCUCCCAACCACUUGCCUGAUUGUUUGACUCCAAGUUCACCUCUGAGCAUUGACCAACACAGGGGCAUCCCAGGUGACUCUGUGACUCAGAACCAUUCUUGUAAUCUGGUUUCUCUGACACUUGUCCCUCCAGAAAACCUCCUGUUGCUACCAGUAGUAAAUUAUCUGUGUUGCUACACACCCUCCAGGAAACUAUUCAAACCUAUGAAUAAAGGGGUGGGACCACAUUUCUUUUCAUUGCUCCCCUUCUAUGCUAUGAGAGUAUUUGGGCAAACAGGUUCACUUUGCAUGAUAUAACUCAGUCUGAAUUGUUCCCUCUCUGGGAAUUGAUAUUCCUCAAAACUAGGCAGAAUUACACUUUCUAGGAUCUAUUGUAAUAAACUCUUUAAGCUAAACACUUUGGUUUUACAAGCAUUAGUGGGUAAUGAUAAAGAAUUAAUAACUAAUUCAAGAAAAAGCUUCUUGAGGAAAAAUAAUGCCUUUUAGAAGUUCAAGCUCAAGGCUGCUGGCCUCAUUCACUGAAGGUCAAUUCCUACCAGUCAUGAAGAAGCGGCAUAGUAAUAUCCCUGUGGGUACUACAAUCACUUCUCCAUACAUCAUUUUUAAUUCUGCCACCAAAACAGGCUUACCAGACUGGAGGUCCAUAUUCUGAAACCCUCUGGUUUCAGAACCCAUACUGAGACCACUGGCUGACAAAAUUGAGAGGUGUCCUUAAUGUAACAUCCAUCACAGAUAGGCCUCUUUAGGAGGAAACUCAGAGAUGGGAGAAGGUGAGAGUGGAGCAAUACUUUGCUGCAAGAUCAAGCUCUGCCUUAGGUUAGACCAGCUGCCUUUAAAGACAUUCAAAAUCAGGAAAUACAUGUCUAAAUUGGAACUUUAGAGGUUUUUAGGUGUCUGAGUUAUGAGUAAUCCUGGACCAUGCUCCAUGUACAGGAAGGAAUGAUUAUUGCAGCCUCUGGCUGCAUGGCUGUGUGAGGAAGUGAGUGAGGAACUUGUGCUGGAUUUCUACAAUGGCAGGGCUGGGACUGCUCAGUUCUUCCAUCUUCAUCCUUUACUACCAGACCGGCUUCCAUCCUUUCUUACACAGAAAAAAAUAAACAAACCAAACUCUUUUACCCACUAUGCAUUAUUGGAACAUUGGGCAGAGCUAUGCCAGCUGCAACAAGCAGACUUGGGGUGGCAGAUCCUUUACUAACUAGAGGAGAGGUACAGCAGAGGACCCCAGCAGAUGUCAAUGUUCAAGCCAGCCAGGCCUAAGUGUGAGCAGGUGCUUGUGCAGCCCAUUCCUGCAGCACUAGUCCCAGUUGAUAAAUUCUGCCAAGAAGCUCGAUUCAUAGGCCAGGCCAAAUAAAAAAGCCUAUACCACAGAGGAAAGCUGGCAGGUAGGUGCCUACCCCAUGCCUUGUGGACACAGGCUUGAGCCUUAACUAACGGAAAUAUCAUAGCCAUGUUUUGCAGAAAAAAAUAUGUUUGCUAUAAUUCAGAAUUUGGGUUACAUCAAAGGUUUCCACUGCUAGCCAAUGGAAAUUCACUGGGGUGUGUAAAAUAUCUUAGGUUUAUACAUUAGGUGGAUGGAGCCAGGAACAUAGGAAAUGGUGUCUGACUAUGCAUGAUUUAUAAUCUGUUAAUGUGUGACACCUAAACCAUUUUACCCAAUCUCAGUAUUAAUUUUUGCACCUCUUUUUCUUUCCAUUAUUCUCAAGUCGAAUGUUCUUGUUUCAACUUAUGCUUGCUGUUUCUUGUCCUCCUGCCACUUAACUUAUCACUGUGAAGAGCCUGGUUUGUCUUCUUGAAGACACCCUCAGAGAUGCUGGCAGGCUGCUCUCAGGUUCACCUGAAGCCAUCUCUUCUCCAGGCUGAAGAAAUACAGUUCCUUUAGCUCCUCUGCACAUGGCUCUGACUCCAGUCAUUCUGGGGAGUCUCAGCUAAACUUGGCUCCAAUUUCUCCUUUCCUGGAGGGACUCGAAAGGACACAGUGCCUAUAUGUGGUCUGACAUACAUGUGGUGCUGAGCAGCAGCAUAAUCCCUUCCCACAGCUCCUGGCUGUGCUCUCUCCAGCACAGUCAGGAUGCCAUUACCUUCUUUGCUGCCAGGGCACACUCCUGAUGCACAGGCCAUGUGCUGCCUGCCAGGACACCCCAGAGCCCUUGCAGUAAAGCCAGUCACCCCCAGCAUGUAUUGAUGCAAGGGCUCAGCAUUCCCCAGGUGACAGGAACUUUGCAUUUGUCCUUGCUGAAUUUCACAAGGUUCCUCUUGGCCUAUUCCUCCAGCCUGCCUAGGUUCUUCUGUAUGGCAGCACUGCCCACAGCAUAUUCACUGCUCCCUCCAAUUUGAUAUCAUCUGCAAACCUGAGGAAAGGGGAUUUUAUCAUCUCCUUGAAGUACCUGGUAAAGAUGUUAAACAGGACUCUUCCAGUCUCUAGAUCCCUGUGGCACUCUACUAGGUAAACAGGAAAAUGUUGUCUGGGUAGAGAACAACUCACUUAACCAUUCUCCUCUGAGCCAAAUGAAUAACUUUUUAGCCGUGCAGACCAUAACAUCCAUCCCAACUGGGAUACAAGAAUGUUGUUGGAGACAAUGUUAAAAACCUUGCUAAAUUUGAGAUAAAUUAUAGCCACUUCUCUCCUCUAAUCCACAAAUCCAGUCAUAGAAUCACAAAUAUAAUCAGGCAGUUGGACAUGAUUUACAUUUAGUAGAUCCAUGCUGCUUGUUUCUGAUCAGCUUCUCCUUCAUAUGCCCACAAAUGUGCUCCAACAGGACCCACUCCUUUAAGUUCCACAGGGACCAAAGCAGUGCUGUUCAGUUUAUAGUUCCCCAGAUUGUCUUUGGCCUUCCCGAAGAAACGGUGCAACAUUUACCUAUGUCCAGUUAUUAAGAACCUUCCAUGAUCUCCAUAACCCUUCUGAUGUGACAGAGUGGCCCUGCACAGACAUCUAAUUUUUCUUUUUUGGCAACCUUGGAUGUGGUCUGUCUGCUCCCAUGGUGUUUUCUGGUCAAACUCUCUCAAGUAAUUCCCAGCUAAACACUCAUCUACUGCUGGUAAUUCUCUUUGGACCCUUUCCCUAAGCACAGAUACGUGGGAUAGUUUGGUGGUAGAGUUAGCAAAUAAACCUUAGAAUGCCUCCAUUUUAUCAGUGUCUGCUGUCACUCCAUCACCUCCUCCAUUCCAGCAAUGGUUCCAUGUAUUUCAUCCUCAGCCUUUUUAUACCAACAAAGCAUUGGAAGCUUUUCUUGUGCUUCCUGUGUAAGUCUCAACUGCAUUUAGGCUUUGUAUCUCCCAAGGCUACUUGUACAAACUCAGGUAAUACUUCUAAAUUAUUCCAUUGUAGCCUGUCCCUGCUUCCAUCUCCUCUAUACUACCUUAUAUAUUGGAGCUCCACCAAGUUCCCUGUUCAGCCACACCAACCUCCUGACAAAGCUACCUGUAGAUGUGCAGUGAAAACAAGAACGCUGCCCAAGAGAGCAAGAAUACUUCAUCAUGCUUCCUGCUCUUAGACAACCAGGAAUUUAUGAUCUUCUGUAUUCUGAAGAAUGUCAGUACAAGCAUUAUCAUCCUGUUCUCCUGAGGCUCAUAACAUAUAUAAGGCACAGACACCUAUGGUAAAUAUAAUGUUUUAGAAACUAACUCUAAUAAAAAUUAUCACAGAAUCAAUAUAUCCCAUUGGAAUACAUUUUCCUCAAGCAUUUCAAACAGUCUCACAUGGGCAUUCAGCUUAUCCAUUUCUUUCUUAUUUUCUACUUCUUUCACUGCUUUAAAUAACUUAAAAAAAAUAAAUUAGCACCUAGAGCAAAUUGCCACAUUCUUCACCACAGCCACAUGAAUAUAUAGGCAUCUCUAUGUAGUUUAAUAUAUAGUCUUAAAAAGUACAUUGCAAUUGUAGUUCAGCUGGCUAAAAUGGUUAUUGAGAUGCAAUUUAACACCAUGUAUGAUGACAAAAAUAGUAUAUGUGUCACAGAGAGAGGGAUUAAGAUGGUUAUUUGGAAAGCAUUGCUCUAGAUUGUCUUGAUUUAAUAGGUUUGCAUGGGUACACAACCCAUAAAAUGCUAUUUCUUUUUUUUCCUCCUUCUUUUCCUUUUUAUUGAAGUCAUACGUAAACUACUCAACAUGGGGAUAAAUGAAUGAACAAGAUCAAAGUAGUAGCUUAAUCUGUGUUUCUUUAUGCUUUUGUGGCAAGGGAGAACAGCAAAUUGUAAAAGAAUUUCUGCCUACCUGCUGUGUGCAGUGUGCCCAGCUAAAGCUCCAGGUCCCACCCACUCCUGGCAUGGAAAGAUUGCUCCAUGCAGAUCUUUCAACAUAGGGAGGAAAAGUUUCAAUUGAUUUUUAGGUGGGUGGGACCAGGAAGUCACAUCACUCAAUUUUGCAGACAGCAGCAGCAGCAUACUGAUGCACAGAGCUGACUACACAGAGCUGUCUUGGCUCAGGAGUGUGUGUGAACGUGUGCAUUUUGGGCUCUGAAUCCCUGAGGCCUGAGUGCUGCACCUCUGCAUCCUCAGUGCCAGAUCUGUGCUUAAGUCCCACAGAGGUCCUGUGUUUAAUCAAGUGAGUCCUGGAGAUGCUGGGGGAGUCAGGGAACUGCAGCUUCUCAUUGGUAUGAAGCAGUACAUCUUCAUGCAUCUGCAGAGCCGUGAUCUCAAAUGAUGCAAUUUCAUUAUAUGUCUUCUUUUUUGUCACAUUUUUCUUUACUUUCGUAUUUUGCAAAACAAACAUAACUCUUAAAAAGUAGCCAGAUGUCAAUCAUUAUUUUGGUUUUAUUGAUGUGGAUAUAAUUCAAACCUAAACAGUCCUAAAAAGUAUAAGUGAUAUCUUUUUGAAAGCAGACUUCAGUGAUGAAUCCCUUGUUCAUUUUUUUCUCUUACUAGAUGCAAGUUUAGCUAUCUUGUUAACCUCUCAGCAGUAAAUUUUCUAGAAAGAGAUACUAAUUUUCCCAGCUUCAUACAAUAGAAGUUUUUAUAUCGGUUUCCCACAACAUUCCCAGAGUGCAUGGAACACCACUAUGAGGAGAGUGGAAGGAGUCACAAUGAUGAUCAGUCAGCCAGUAGAAGAUUAAGUGAAACAUUGCAGAAAAAUGUGAAUACAGAAUUGGCAGAUGCUUACCAUGUAAGCUGAUGGAUUUAUUUCCCACUGUGAGAUAAUUUCUAGGUCUUGAAAAGGCUUUAAAGUUUGUCAGAGAAAAUCUGAAAUGUUGUCAGUAGGUCCAACAAGGAAUUUCAAUUCAAUAACUCAGGAACACCAGAGCUUUCUGCAAGUCUGUGUUUGCAGGAGAGAGAGAACUUUCUCAAGAGCUGAAGAAGCAGAAAUACAUUUUCUGCAAAACCAAGAACAAGGCAGACACAAGUGAUACCUAUGAUCUAUAGUAGACACUUACUAAAGUAUAAUACAGUUUUUUCAUCAGAUUUCAUCAUAUUUCUUUCCUGUUUGUAGUGGAGGGUCUAGCUAGGUAACUGGAGAUACACAUAGGCACUUCAUCAGCUGAAUCCCAGCCUGGUUUCUUUCACUGUGCACCAGAAACCAAAAAGAUUUCAAGUGAGGUUAAGUAUUUCUUUUUUGAGUAUAGCUAGAUGCAGAAAUGUAUGAACAUAUUAGUUCUGUACAACAAAUUACAUCUUCAAAGUAUCCCAUAAACACAAACUACACAGCAAUUAUAUUAUCCUAUUAGUAAUGCACAGAAUACUGACCUAUUUAUUCUUUUGCUAUUAUGUAAAAUUAAUGAGCUGUGUUUUUUUGACCACUGAUUUAUCCUUCUUCCAAAUACCUGUGGAUUAAAAUUUAAGCGACUUAAAUAGCUCCACAAAACUACUGGUAGGCAGAAAAAGGCAAGACUAUUCAAGUAUUUGAAAUGCACUGCUACAGACUGUAAACACUCUGAAGGUUACGUGAACAUAAAGUCCCAUUCAAAAUCAAAUUCCAGGGUAGAAAAAUAAUUUUGUUUAAAGAAGUU